AUGCCAGUGGAAGAAAAAGAAAGCAACAGAGCCAGCAUCAAACGAAAACAACUCGCAAAAUUACUGUGUUGUCUCAUAUGUUGUUUGGUUCCAGGAGCCAUCAUUUGGGGAGUUGCCAAUCUGCAAGUCCAGGACUUGGAAUAUGCGAAGGGUACCGUGGUCGCAACCACAUAUUGCGGAUACAGUGUCAAAAAAGGCGUGGAUUACAACAAUGGCAAGAGAGAUCACUACAAUAUUACCUUUCGUUUCGAACUGGUAUCGAAUGGGACGACUGUGAAUGCAACCACCGAGGAUUGCACCGGAUCCGUACCAUCGCUUGGAACAGUGGAAACAAUUUUAUACGAUCCAGAAGAUCCAACUGAUAUAGUGCAGAACUCUACUUUUCAGACCUAUCAAGCUGUUGGAAUUGGGUUGGCUGCCUUGGGCUUAGUCUGCAGUUUGGUAUUGGUAACGACAGUCUUGUUGGAGAAUCGUCAUGCUGGUGGAACCAGUAAGCAUUAUUCGGGCACGGCUCCUGGCUCGGACCCAAUUGUACUCCAAUCCCACCGAGCACAAGGCAAUAGGACUGCCACUGGAUACUAUACUGCCAGUGGGGCUGGGGUUGUGGCGGCCAUUUAG